AUGAAUUAGUUAAAAGCAAUUUAAAGUUCUGUUGAUACUCAAAGAAAAAGAAAUUCAUCAUUUAAACAAGAAAAAUCUUAUUAUGAAUAGGCCAAAAGGAGGAAAAGCGUGUAUAUGGAUUAAAUGGAGGAUUACAGUUAAAAUUAUAUCUUAAAAAAUUACAAAAGCUUCUUGCCCUAAAUAAAACGAGACCAUUUAAACUCUGAUGGAUAAGAUAUUUAAAUGAUUCUUAAUCAUUUUAAAUUGUACUAAUAAUAAAAUUCAAAACCAAUUAACUGGAAUUUAUUUUUUGUAUAGAUAUGGGAAUUCAUUCAAAAAAAUGGUGACAUAUACGAUUUAUAUCAAGAACUUUUCAAAAAAUAGUUUUUCAUUCAAUUUUAAUAAUUACAAAAAUAAAUAACAGACAUUUGUUACUAUGAAAAAAUCUUAAUAUCCUUAGGUUUUGAGUUACACCAAGAUCAAUUAUUCAGUUAAUUUUUUUGUUAAUUUGUUUAGAAUUAUUAAUCAUGUUUGCAAGAAUUAUUUUAAAAAGGAAAAUUUAGCAAAAAGUAAACCUAAGAUGCUUAAUAAUUAAUUUAAAUGAAUAAUACUAUUGACUAUAUAGAUAUAGAUGACAUGUAUGAAAAAUUUUAGCCAGGUAAUAAUACGAUUUGGAUGAUAUAAAGAAAAUGUAAAUAGACAUAAUAAUAUAAACUAAAUUUUAAAAUAGUAAGAAGACAUUUAGCAUUAUGGUUACAUGAAACUAGAAAUUUAGAAAUAAUAAAAUUAUUACCUAAGCAAUUACUUACAGCUUCUCAUCCAUUCAUUAAUGCAAAGUUAACCUAGCCCAUCUUAAUUAUUGAUUUAGAUGAAACCUUAGUUCAUUUUGAUUAAACAUCUAAUAAAUUGAUGAUUAGAAAUGGAUCAAUAUAGUUUUUACAAUAAAUGCAUAAAUACUAUUAUGUAAUAAUUUGGACUGCAUCUCUACCUAGAUAUGCUAAAUGGGCUUUAAAGAAGAUUGAUUAAUAAAUUCAGUAUUAAAUAUAUUAUUUAUUAGUUAGUAUAUAGAUCUUUUGCUUACAAGAGAAUAUUGUAUACCUCAUGAGAAAGGAUUCUAUUAAAAAAUACUUUAUAUGUUAGGAUAAGAAUUGAGCACUCUUCUAAUAAUUGAAAAUGAUUUUAGAAGUAUUAUUGAUUCAGAAAAGGAUUAUUUGCAUUUAAUAGAUUCUUUUGUUGGUUAGGAUGAUAAUGUUUUGUUUGAACUAAGCAAUCGUUUGAUCGAGGCUUACAAGUAUUAUUAAGAAGGAUUCAGUUUUUAAAGAGCAGUAAAAAUGACUUAAAUGAAAUAAAAUUGA